CGCGGGCGAAAAGAAAGGAAGAAAGAAAGACUCGUUGCCGCCAUUUCACGUGCGAGUAUCAGUGUGGUAGUAGAGCAGCGUGGCGUCUGAAGAGAACCUGCCUGCUCUCGUCUGCGUUCGUGCGCCAAACUAAUUCCAGUGCUGCAGCCUGUCGCCUGUUCGCCGUGCGUGAAACGCUCUAAAUUUCCUUUUGGUGGUCGUUUUCGCGGCGGAAAACAUGAAUUACGGCAGGCCCCCGCCAGACGUCGAGGGAAUGACCUCGCUAAAGGUGGACAACCUCACUUACCGAACCUCCCCGGAGACCCUGCGUCGAGUUUUUGAGAAAUACGGCCGCGUAGGUGAUGUUUACAUCCCUCGCGAUAGGUACACAAAGGAGAGUCGCGGCUUCGCCUUUGUGCGGUUCCUCGACAAGCGCGACGCUGAAGACGCAAUGGAUGCCAUGGAUGGCGCCCUUCUAGACGGUCGGGAGCUUCGAGUCCAGAUGGCCCGCUACGGUCGACCGCCGGAUUCAAUGUACAGCCGCAGAGGAGCUGCGCCACGCAGAUAUGGAGGGCGGUCAGAUAGCCCACGCCGCCGCCGAAGAAGCCGUAGCCGCUCCAGGAGCAGGAGUGCAUCUCGGUCCCGGAGCCGCCACCGCUACAGUCGCUCCAGAUCUCGCUCUUACUCCCGAUCCAGGUCCAGAUCCAAGUCCAGAACGCCUAGGAGAAGCAAGACAAAGUCUCCCUCCAGAUCCCGGUCCCGCUCUAGGUCCAAGUCCAGAAGCAGGACCCCACCUUCCAACAGAGCCUCCCGGUCAAGAUCCAAGUCCAAGAGCAGGCCAAAAUCCCCGAUGGACAACGGAACCAAGUCUUGACUUAAUACCAUGGUAUAUAGGGGAUUGGGGGGCCCUUUUCUUUGCCAAAUAAGUUAUAUACACACACUUGUUAAAACAAAGCACAUUCUGCUGCCUUAAUGAUAAAUCUAAAGCGAUGAUUCAGCAGAAUUUGGGGAUCUGGUUAAGUGUUGUGUAUGGUUUAAAUUUGAUGUGAUGCACGCACGUACAGCUAAAUGUUGAUGUAGAAAUAUUUCUCAAAUAUAAAAGAAGUGGGUGGUUUGCUUCACGUUCACCUGAAUAUGGAAUUUUUUCCUCAAAGCUGCGGAGUCCUGUUUGCAAAGAGUGGAGGAGGAGAUGGGGUUGUGGCAGUAUGAGAGCAGUUAGUGUGUGACCCGCCCAUGUGACCUGCCUGUUGCUGAGCGUUGGCAGUUGCUAAGGAGCAGGUCGCCAUGGCGCUGGUUCGGGCUGUCAGUUGGUGUUUGAGGUGGUGUGGUGAGGUACGUUCACGGGGAUCACAGGCGUAGACACUGAGCUGUUCUCACCUGUGAUUUCCUCCGCGGACACCAAGGUUUGUUUUUCCACAUAUGUGCCCGAGUGUAAGAUUCUUAUUAGUGCUAGUGUGAGGAUGGUAUAUGAAUGACUCAUUAAAAGUAUACUGAUUUGUAAUGCCCAGAUUAGAGGAUUGAUUGUGUCUGCCUGCAACAUGUUUUUGAUAUUUAUUUAAUUCAUGUUAUCUUCUUCCUAGAUCUGAGAUGAUCAACGUUUGCUGAAAACAUCCAGAAGUCUCAUCGGAAAUCACCGCUAUUCUCCUGAAUCCAGAUUGAAAGGUUAUUGGAACUUGGUCAAAAUUUUUUAAAGUGUUUAACUUUUCCCAAAUAAAUUCUGUAACUUUGGUUUGUUGAGCAUGUUGAAAGGGAGUUGUCAGUUUGUUCAGCUGUUCUCCUCAAUAAAUCUUUUUUUUUUUUUUAAACAUAAGUUUUUAUUUAGUGAAAUCCCAGUUGAGACUGUUCAAGAGGAACUUUUAUUUUGAGUUGCUGUAGAAGGGUCUUUUUGGAUUUUCAGCUCGUUCACAGAUCAUUGUAUACGUCCUGUACAGUAACAUUCGAAAGUCAUUUUUGCUUGCCCUUUUCUGUCAACACUUUCUCUCAGUUGCCUUCUGAUUCUAACCCUCUUUCUUGUGUAUCUUUUGUGCACUAGGCGCAGUUGUGUAGCAGUUGAGUAAUGCUGGUUAGCUGUUAAGGUGCGGUGCAGUGCGGUGGUGACAUGGUGUGGCGUGUUGCGGUGCUGAGUACCCGGAGCCGAUCCGGGGCUCGACCCUCCACUGCUGUUUGCCGGUUUGUAAAAUCUCACACGUGUGGCAGAUCAUCCAUCUUCUGUCAUGUGACCCUCCUUCCUCUUGUUCUGUACAACUUCUCCUUCCUCUGUCUUCCCCUUUGGUUCAUCCACAGUUAUGACUGAUUUUGAUCCAGUGAAGGGUUAAAUUUCAAAGCUGUUCCAUCUGCUUUAACAAAUCAUUUUUUGUGUAUUGCAUUCCUCUGUGAUCCUCAAGAUGUCCUGUAUUUGCUUCAGCCGAAUGCUAAUAAAGUUUUGUGAUGAAUUUCAA